GGAGGCCACACCCAGUGGAGACAAGACUCAGGGCCUCCUCUACAAAUGCUGCCACUGCUUCUGCUCCUGCUACUUGGUGCAGGGCCAAGGCUGGCUGAGGCCUAUAGCAGAAAGGGCCCAGACACGUGGCCUUGGCAGGCAAGCAUCUUCCUGGAUACCCGGUACCGCUGCGAGGGGGCCCUCAUCUCCCGAGAGUGGGUGCUCACAGGAGCCAGCUGCUUUAGCAGCUGGCCUCAGUCCCACUACAGUGUGACCCUGGGCCCAGAUCGACUGGCACCGGACACUUGCAAGAGCAAGUCCAGCGUGGAGGAGCUGCUCCUGUUCCCAGGAGGGCCUAAGGGCUCUGAGUCCGGUGGCCUGGCCUUGGCCCGGCUGGCAAGGCCACCAUCUCUCAGCAGUGUUGUGCAGCCUGUCCCUCUGGCUACCUGGCCUCAGCCUUUACACAAAUGGCAGCUCUGCUGGGCCCAAGGGUUUGAGCCUGAUUUUGAUCCCUAUGUGCCACCCCAAGAGCUGCACAGUGUCCCCUUGAGACCGCUCCAUAUCAGAACCUGCAAAGAUGCCUUUCGUCUGCAACCUGACUGUCCUGACCUGAAGGUCUGCCUGUCCAAAGGCUCCCGGUGCUCCAGGCCCCUCACCGGCACACUCAAACUGGUGGUGUCUGAUGGGACCCCCCUCAUCUGCUCCCAAAAUAGCAGCUGGUUGCUGCAGGGUGUGAUGACCUGGAAUUCCUGCAUGGGGCCUGGCCUCCCUGAAGUCUACAGUCCUGUCUUGGCCCUAGCUGGGGACUCUUCAGAACCCAGGCGGCUCAGACCCAAGUCUGAGCUCCCAGCCUUCGCUGUCGCUGUCCGCCCACGUCCGGCAGGCUCCUCCCUCCGCACGCCCCCGCCCCCGUCCUCGCGAUAAAGCCACAGCGCCGUCUCCUGGCCGAGGGUUGUCUAUAUUACUUGGCCUGCAAAGGGCUCGAGUCAGGGGCACGUCUCCGCGCUCGGGGCCGGGUGGGACUGACUCCAAGCAGACGUACACACUGCGGGUGUAACGGGAUCGGAUGGUGGGCUGGGUUCUGCAUCCAGGGCCCACACUCCCGCCCCUGCCUCGCGUGGACUCUCCCAGCAUUCCUGGGGAGGGGAGGGACCGCUGGUUGCGCCUGCGCACCGCCGCCCACGUACGCUCGCCUUUUUGAAGGUCCGGCUUCCAAGAAACGUGUCCUGCGCGCCACGCCAUCUGUUUCCAGGGCAACCCAGGCGCCACUGAGCAAUCGCGCGCGCAACCUGAGUGGUUUCCUUGCGCCCCCUGCCAUGGCGGCCGCGGGUCCCAGCGUCUUCCUACUCAUGGUCAACGGGCAGGUGGAGAGCGCCCAGUUUCCUGAGUACGAUGAUCUCUACUGCAAGUACUGCUUUGUGUAUGGCCAGGACUGGGCCCCCACAGCGGGUCUGGAGGAAGGGAUCUCACAGAUCACAUCCAAGAGCCAAGAUGUGCGGCAAGCGCUGGUGUGGAACUUCCCCAUUGAUGUCACCUUUAAAAGCACCAACCCCUAUGGCUGGCCACAGAUUGUGCUAAGCGUGUACGGACCAGACGUGUUUGGGAAUGACGUGGUCCGAGGCUAUGGGGCGAUGCAUGUGCCUUUCUCACCUGGCAGGCACAAAAGGACCAUUCCCAUGUUUGUCCCAGAGUCUGCGUCUAUGCUGCAGAAGUUUACAAGCUGGUUCAUGGGACGGCGGCCCGAGUACACAGACCCCAAGGCCGUAGCUCAGGGUGAAGGCCGAGAAGUGACCCGUGUCUGCUCCCAGGGCUUUGUCACUCUCCUCUUCAAUGUGGUGACCAAGGACAUGAGGAAGCUGGGCUACAACACUGGGCCCCUGGAUACACAGGGUGUCUUGGGGUCCAGCCCACCCCAGGGCCUCCCCUGGUGAAGGCAUCAGCCCCUCUGCCACCCAGCAAGACUGGCUGAACAGCCGUGCAGGCCACGCCGCUGCCCACCGUGCCAGGAGUUGGCCACCGAUACAUCUGCCUGACUGAAGUGCGCUUGGGGGUGGGGAGAGUAUUUUCAUAAAAUAAAAAGAUCGCCUUUUCACAGA